AUGAAGGGUUUUGAUGAAGAAAUGGAUGAUGUGGUGAAUGGAAAUUCUGCUGAGCAUAUAAAUCAAGAAAAUGGGGAAGCAAAUCCUGGUGCAGCAAGUCAACAAGUUAACAAAAUUAGUAUCACAGAAGAAAUGGGGAAGCAACAUGUCAUUGAAGAUGAAUACAUGACAGAUGAGUUGGAUAGUGGGGCUAAGGAUGAUAGUUCUGAUGAAAGGCCAUGUGUUAUAAGGUUCAAUGAGGAAGAUAAACUGAGCAAGGAUUAUGUCUUCAAAGUAGGAAUGGAAUUUCGUUCAUUGAGACAGUUUAAGGAUGCCAUACUUGAGCAUAAUGUGCUAAAUGGAAGAGAUGUGAAGUUUGAGAAGAAUGAUUCUAAUAGAUGCAGGGUUGUUUGCAAGGACAAGAAAAAGUGUAAUUAUACAGUAUUGUGUAGUAAGGUGUUAACAUCCACAACUUUUAGGAUAAAGACACUAUUUGCAAAACAUAAGUGUGGGAGAAAGUUUUUUAACAAAAGUUCUAAGGCAGAAUGGGUUGCUAAGGUUAUUGUAGAUGGUUUGAAGAACAACACUAAGAUGAAACUGAAUGAGGUAGUUGCUGAUAUUAGACAAAGGUAUUCCGCUGAAAUUCCAGGGUGCAGGGCAUUUAGGGCAAGACAAAUUGCAAGACAAAUAGUUGAGGGGGAUUCAAGCAAACAAUUUAGUAUGUUGUGGUCUUAUGGUGCUGAGUUGAGAAGGGCUUCAGCAGGCAAUACAUUCAAAAUCAACACUACUUCAUUUGCCCCAGGAUUGAAGCCUAGGUUUGAGAGGUGUUACAUAUCCUUUGAUGGGACCAAGAAAGCAUUGACAAAGGCAUGCAGGCCCUUUAUUGGAUUGGAUGGAUGCCAUUUGAAACACAAAUAUGGUGGUAUUUUACUCAUUGCAGUGGGCAGAGAUCCAAAUGACCAAUAUCUUCCUGUUGCUUUUGCUGUAGUUGAGAGUGAAACAAAAGACUCUUGGAGCUAG